AUGGCGACUCCGAUGACGAACGCGAUCGGAGUUCUGCAGGCGACUGCUCCGCCGUGCGAGUUCGGAUCCAUUUCGAAAGAGCUCGAGGAUGAGCCCAACUGCGCGGUCUUCGCUGCCGGCAUUGCCAAGGCCGCCAAGAAUAUCGAGGUGAACGGAUUUUCUACACAGAAUUCCCAAUUUCGCAUUUUCCAGAUCCUAAUUGACUCGUUCCCGAACGAAGCGGGUACUGUCGAGGACGAAGUCGAGGAGAAAAUGGUGAAGAACGACGAAAAAUACUUUCGAAAAUCUCCGAUUUGCGAUUUUCCUUUUGAUCUUGGUAUAUUAAAGUUCAGAUGUCGUCAGAAGAAGAAAUAUCAGAAGAGGAGAAACAGCGACGACGAGCCGUGCAACGUGAGCGAUAUCUCAUGUGUUUGAUGGUAAAUAACUUCAAAAAAUCGAGUCAUUUUUAUGAGAAUCGUAUGUAGAACGCAGUCGACAAGCCGGCGACGAUCCAAAUGCACGAGAAUACGACCGUGACGGCCACGAUCAAAGCGUUCCAGCCGUCCGGAGAGCACGUAAUCGUCGGUGAGGGUCUCGCAGCGAAAACUUUCGAAUAACUGCAUUUUCAGAGAAUUUGAACACUCCGAUAGGAACCAUCGAACGCGCCGUUCUCCGAAUCUCGGAUAUUGUCAAGGUCAGCUGGGAUAUAGAGAAGAAGACUGAAUAA